ACCAGGGCCCGCUGGGGUCCCUGAAUUCAUGGCCCCGUGAUCCAGGCCAGUCCUUGCAGCCAGGCUGGUUCUGUUGGGAAGUGGAGGGUGGGCCCGGGGGUGGUGGUCUGAGCACGUAGCGAGGCCUGGCCCGGGGUAGAGGGGGCGGCACCUCUGCCUGACAGAUGGGCUUCCGGGGCCAGCAGGGACACUGCCGGCCCAGCGCCCUGUGCGUGGGGAGGGCCAGGUGUGGUGCAGCAGGAUUUGUUUCCAUUGCUCCUGGACUGGCGGGGGAAGGGAAUUAGUGACAGCGACAGCCAAGGGCGAGGCAGGGAAGACACAGCAGCUUCCAGGAAGGAGCGGAGAAGAGGGGGGCAGGAGGCCCCAGGGAGGAAAGCAGCCUGGACCAGAGGGGUUGUGACACUGGGUGGGCCUGCGGGCCCGGGGGCCCCAGGGGCCUUGAGAAGGAAGGGCGGUGAGGCCCCCUGCAGUCAGCAGCUGCCCACAAGUGGCGGCGCACCCCAGGCCCUCCGCCCAAGCCCGGGGAAGACCCCCAUCCCGGGCAGCCGGGGACGAGGGAGGCCAGAGCCCAGACCUGCCCUUGAGAAGCUUCUGUGUGUCAGGGAGUGGACGACAGAGUGUUAAGUGCAUGUGGCCGUCACGGUGUGAAGGGUGGCGUGGGCCUUGGGAGAGGGCAGCUUGAGCCCAGGGCUGACGUGUCAGCAAGGGCCUGAUGGGGGCACGGACACACCCGGGCAGAGCUGGUGCUCCACGCUGUGGACCCGUGCAAAGGCCCUGGGGCAGGACUGUGCCUGGUGAGCUGGAGAAACAGCCAGGAGGCCCCUGCGUCUGGAGCGAGAGGGAGGAGGAGAGGGCAGGGAGGGGACGGGGCAGGUCAUGCAGGGCCUUGGGGAGGAGUUGGACUUUUACCCCAGGAGGGAGGGUGGGACCCUGGAGGGCUGUGGGCAGAGAGGGGAAGGGAGACCCUUCCCCUCUCGGUGUGGAGACCUGGAAACAGGUGGGCAGGGGCGCAGAGACCAGGGAGGACGCCCUGCCCGGGCAGGCAAUGACAGGACUGCGGCCACAAGCAGCUGGAAAUGAUGAAAGGCAGGCAGGUUCUGGAUUUCUUGUGAAUUUUUUAACAUGUAGUAAAAUGUGUGUAACAUUUUGAGGUGUACAAUCCUGUGGUUUUUAGUGUAUUUACUAUGUUGUACUGGCCACCACCAUCUAAUUCCAGAAUAUUCCAUCACCCCCAAAAGAAGCCCCAUCCCCAUUAUCAGUCACUCCCAUCCUCCUCCCAGCCCAACAACCACGAAUCCACCCUCUGUGUCUGUAGAUUUGCCUGUUCUGGAUGUUUCCCAUCAAUGGAAUCAGACACUUUUGUGUCUGGCUUCUCUCACUGAGCUUCGUGUUCUCGAGGUCGUGUCGGCGCGUCACCCCUUUUCAUGGCUAACAUUCCAGUGUGUGGAGGGACCCUGUUUUGGGUUUCUGUUGUGCGGUUGGUGGGCAUUUGGGUUGCUUCCGCUCUUUGGCUGUUGUGGGUUGUGCCGCUGUGAACACGCGUGUGCAGAUUCUCGCGCUAGAUGUAUUUUGGAAACAGACGAAGGACUGGACGGGGGUGGAGUGAGAAGGGAGGACCUGGGGGCUGCAGGGCUGCUGGCCUGAGCACCUGGAAGGGUAGCGCUGAGAUUGUGGAAAGGAAAUUCAGAAGCUUCGUUGGGUUUGGAGGCCCCCAUACGGCAGUGUUGGGGGGCAGAGAAGAGGUGGGAGGGCUGAGCCCCAGGCCGGCCCUACCCAGAUGAGCGCCCGCCUCCUCCAGCCUCUGCUCUCCCGGCUCGGCCCCUCAGCUGGGGGAGAGGCAGUGGCCUGGAUUGUGGCCAACAGACCCAGCUGUUGCCAGGACACCGGGCCGCCUUUGUUGCUGUCAACAAUGGCCCCGCAGGCCUUGGAGGCAGGAGCCCCUGGGCACGCAGAGGCAGACAUGCAGACCCUGAGGCAGGAGGCUGCCCAGCCCUACGUCCCCCGGGGGACCCUGGAAGUGAACCUCCCGGCAUCUCUCUACAGCGAUGCCUACCUGUCCCAGGAGGGGCCCCGCCAGACGCCGGCCAUCAGGCAGGCGACGCGCUGGAAGUACACGCCCAUGGGACGAGAUGCGGCCGGCCAGCUGUGGUACACGGGCCUGACCAACUCGGACUCCCGAGAAGCCUGGAACAUGCUCCCUUGGGCUCUGGACAGCCCGCACCUCGAGGCUUAUGCCCGCAGGCACAGAUGCCACAGCCCCCAGGAGCGCAGCAUGCCCUCGGCCUACACCCAGCGUCUCUGGGAGACCGCCUGGUACGACCCCGUCAUCCCCGCGCAGUACAGGGGCCCCCGCGCGCGGUAUGGGAGCGUGCUGUGGAAAGACAGACCCAUCCGGGGCGAGGAGUACGGUGAGCCUGGGCCAGGGGCAGGCGACCCAGGGGCUGGGGGUGAGACCGCCCGGGGCCAGGAGGCGGGGCCAGCCGGUGACCCGGGUCCUGGCCCCCCAGGGAUCCACAGGCACCAAUUCGGGGUCGAGCCGCUGUGGCGGGCGUCUGACUACGUGCCAUACCUGUCGGCGCCCCAGCGCCCGCGCUACACCACCCAGGACUACCGGCAGUGGGACCUGGAACCCUGCUGCCCCUCCACCAACCAGCGGCCCCCGCCCGUCUACAUGCCCAGUCACUGA